CCUGGAACACUGAGGAUCUCACAGCAUGGACCCUGUCUAAUAACCUGGACUCUCUGUAAGGACUGGAUUAGAUCAACAAACCCAGGACGAAAUUGAAGCGUGUGUGGUUUAGUUCUAGUGAAGACACAAUUCAGAACAAGAAAACUGGAGGAUACUUAAUCAAGUGGGGGCUGCUUCUACUGGAAAUCUCCAUGCAAGGGCUAUAUGGAUUUGACUGCAAUGCCCUGUAGAGCUUGUUAGAAUGAAUUGCUAUAAUAGAACUCAAGUUCUGGAGCCACCAUACCAGCUAUUUAGCCUAAUUAUUUAUAUUCCUCUUAUUACUUUGGGCAUUACAUGCAAUGUUCUUGCCAUCUGGGUUUUCUGUUUCAAAUUAAAAAAGUGGACGGAAACUACUGUGUUUAUGAUGAACCUAGUGAUAUCCGAUAUCAUGGUCAUCUUCACCUUCCCUUUCAGACUAUAUGCUUACUUACACUUGUGGGACCUUGGCAGUGGACUGUGUAAAACCCUACAGUCCUGCUACUUCGCAAACAUGUACAUGAGCAUCUUCACUAUCACAGCAAUUGCAUUUGAUCGCUAUUUGGCAAUCAGGCACCCACUGAAAUACAAAUGCUGGGCGUCCCUAGUGAAAGCUUCUGUUAUAUGCUGUGUCCUGUGGAUUUCUGUCAUCACUGUCAGCGUACUUAGGGUUCUGCAGAGCAACGAUUUGAUACUGUCUACCUGUUUUCAGAAAGUCUCCACAUAUCCUUUUAACCUGGCCCCUAUUUUUGUUUUGGUUGGGUUCUCCUUUCCUUUGAUCAUCAUCAGCUUUUGCUCUGUAAAGAUCAUAAUGACUCUCUGUGAUAAAGAAAAAUUGGAUCCAUAUCAGCAGCAUUCCACCAGUAAAGCUGUGCGCAUAGUCAUCUCUAACUUGGUGGUUUUCGUGGUUUGCUUUAUGCCAAUCCAUGUGGGUUACACAAUCCGUUUUGUGGCUGAGAGUUUCAAGGCAUCUUGCUACACCCUGACAAUAGUUAAUUCCUUUAUUCAUGUAGCAACGGCGAUUGCUAAUUGUAACUGUGUCCUGGACUCAUUGUGUUACUACUUUGCAGCCAGUGAAUUUCGGGAGGCUCUUUCCAGACAUAAGUUCAUAUAGCCUAAUUCCUGCUCUCUGUUUGUCAUAAAUCUAUACAUUAGAGCAGUGGCUCUUAAACUGUGUGUGGUGGCAACCUGGUGUUCUUGGGGCACUUGCAGGGGGUGCCUUGGAUUGAUGGUCCAUGACCAAUUAAAAUUAUAUAUGGUCAAUGUAAUAUGCAAACCAGUGCUUGUAGCAGUUUCAAUAAUAAAUUAUGUGGACAAACAGAA